AUGAUUACUACCCCAUAUUCACUACCUGUGAUAGUGGUGCUGGGAAUCCUAUCCUCUCUAGUAUCAAUAUGCACAAUUGGAGGAAAUAUGCUUGUCCUGAUAGCAUUUUGUAUAGAUCGGGGCGUCCGUACACCAAAUAAUUACUUCAUUAUCUCACUGGCUGUCACAGACUUGACCAUUGGACUGAUUUCUAUCAAUUUCAUGAUUGUUUAUGUGCUGUUGGGAUAUUGGCCUCUAGGCAACUUCAUUUGCGACCUCUGGUUGACUAUUGACUUCACUGCUUGUCUUGUGUCACAGGCUACGGUGUUCCUGAUCACCUUGGAUCGAUACUUCUCAGUCAAGUUUCCGGUUAAAUAUAGAAAUUGGCGAAGUGAGUCAAAGCUCAAAUGCGUUUUGGCAAUAAGUUGGGUAGCACCAGCCUGUCUGUGGACACUUAUAAUUUUUGCAUGGUAUGAAAUGACGGGUGAACCCAGGCCACCGCCUAAUGAAUGCAAUGUUCCAUUCACCUAUUACACAACCUUCAAUACCCUCAUCGCAAUCUCCUACUUUUGGAUUCCACUCUGUUUCAUGACCGCAAUCUACGUGGGCAUCUACAAAGUCGCGGCUGGUCUUCAUCAGAAGCUUGAAGAGUCCCACAAGGGGCUUGCUGAUCUCGUUCUCAUGGCCGGUACAACUAUGUCGAAGAUUGGACUCUCCGCAAGUGUCACUGAGCCAGCAAACAGAGUAAAACCAGUUAAUGGAUCUGAGAAGCCACAUCAGGAGCAGAAUUAUGCUUCUGCCAAACGACAAGAUAUUAAAACAACCGACGCUGAUCAUCGACUUGAGAACGGUAUAAAUAAGCAAACACAGCCAAAUAGAUCUUCAGUACAAUUCCAAGCAGAACAUCCCACCGAAUACAUAGACUCUGGUCUUGGUGAGUCCAAUAACAAUCAACGGCCUCAAUCCGACUUUGAAUACUCGGAGCAUAAAGGGCGGACCAGCUCUGUGACGUUAGAAUCACCCGAAUUUUGUGAAAAUUACCAGAGUAUUUCAUCCCCCAAUGCACCACCCAGUCAAACAUCCUCGAUUUCACUCGAAAGCUAUGAUCCUUGGACGCGUCAAAGUGAAAUUAGUUCACAGUACAGAUUUGAAGAUCAGUGCAUGGCUACAACAAAACACAGUCAGGAAAACGAAACCAAUGGCGGAAGAAGGAUUCAAAUAUUAACUCUGCCUCAAUCGACGCAUUCACCGAAGACGCAAGAAGAAAAGAAGUGCAAAACUAAGCGAUCGAUGGUCUCCUUUUGCCAGCCUUUCAAACAGCUAACACACUUUAUGCGAAAUGAAUCAUGCCCAAUGGUUAAGCCGGAGAUUAGUUCCUCGGAUUCAAGCAGAUAUCAGGACAAUAACAACAGCAAAUUAUCCAAUAUGCCGUCCCAGCAAAAAUCCGACCGUCCCAACAUUAUACGGGAUCGAUUCUUUCGCUUUGAGAAUUCAAAGAACAUAGAGAACCGUAAAACAGAGCGGAGAAAACGAAGAAGAGCUCGGAAAGCCCUGCGGAUGAUUAGUCUAAUUUUGGGCGCUUUUAUGGUCUGUUGGACCCCCUAUCACAUCAUAAUCAUUGUGAAAGGAUUCUGUGACAUUCCAUCAACUGGUUAUUCGUGUAUUGAUGUGCAUUUAUACAAUUUUGCUUACUUCAUGUGUUAUAUGAAUUCCCCUCUUAAUCCCUUCUGCUACGCCAUGGCUAAUGUUGCCUUCAAGCGAGCUUUCCUACGAAUUUUGCAUGGAGAUUUUAGAAUCAACUGA